AAUUUGCCGAGAUGUUUCUCCGUAGAGCUGUGAUCGCCGCCGGGGGUUCUGCUGUCGCUCUUUUUGCCGCCGUGUCUGUGGGUAGGAGUGAGGAUGACUCGGAUCCAUUGUCAGCGGGUUGGGACAGUAACUGGGACAGCCGUGCAUCACUAGCAAAACAACCUGGUGUGCUCAGAUAUACAGAGGACAAGUAUGAAUACCACCGGAAGGAAGACUACAAGAAUAAAUCCAAUCGUCACAUCUUCCUGAUACAACAUGCAAACUAUAAAACUUAUACCAGCUCUGACAAACUGACUGCUGAAGGUUAUGAGCAGGCAGAUCUCACCGGGAAGCGUCUGGCAACACUGGCUAAAGGCCCAGGAAUGGCUGAAAAGAGACAAGCAAUACAAUUUAAGCACAUUAUUUAUUCACCUCAGACCACAACUAAAGAAACUGCUGAAAGAAUCAGCAGGCACUUACCAGGUGUCACUAUGUUUAGCAGUGAUUCGCUUAAUGAAGGGCCUCCAAUUCAGACUUCUCAAGAUCCUGACUGGAAACCUGAUCUUAAUCAUCUAGAGACUCCAUUCAGAAAGUACAUCUACCGUCCAGAUCCUGAGCAAUCCGAAGACACCUAUGAGAUAAUGGUCUGCCAUGCUGAUUUAAUCCGCUACAUUGUGUGCAAGUCACUGCAACUCCCACUUAAAGCAUGGUCCCGAAUGUCACUUUAUCACGGAAGUGUUACCAAGCUGGUGGUACAACAGGAUGGCAAUGUUCGACUGAAGACGCUUGGUGAUGCUGGAUUUAUGCCUCAUAACUUGCUCACAAAGCCUUAAUUUAUGUAACUGUAUACUUCUGUCUGUGAUAUCUCAACAAUACUGACUCUUAUCACUUAUAGUUUUUAAGAGGUGUGAUGCAGGGCCUGGACUUAAUUCUGGAUAUUCAAUUACUGCAAACCUUCUUACACUAAAUAUUUUGGGUGGUUCUCAUUCUGAGUAUUUGUAAAAUGGAUCACUAAAUGGUAUGACUGCAGAAAGUUGGCACUGGCCCAAAAGACAAAUACAUUCUCCACUUAAUGCACUUUAAUAGGUGACCAUUAUAUGCAAUGGUAAUCUGAUCCUCUGCUGUUCUUCAGGCCAGUCUUGGUGUGAUCUAAGACACAUGCUACACUUAUAACUGAUCUGUUGGGGCACAUGU